AAAUAGAAUAUGUAUUAAUCAAGUUGUUUACUUUUUCAGAAUGGCUGAGGUUGAAGAAGUUGUUGUCGAGAGCUUCGACGAACAACCACCAAUUGAAACUGAGGGCGCUGAGACUCUAUUAGAAACAAAUAUUGUUGCCACAACGGAAUUGCCUGAAAUUAAACUUUUCGGGCGUUGGUCAUGCGACGAUGUCACCGUAAAUGAUAUCUCACUGCAGGAUUACAUUUCGGUCAAGGAGAAGUUCGCUCGCUAUUUGCCACACUCUGCUGGUCGUUAUGCUGCCAAGCGUUUCCGCAAGGCUCAGUGCCCUAUUGUGGAGCGUCUAACCAACUCUCUGAUGAUGAAGGGUCGUAACAACGGCAAGAAGCUGAUGGCUUGCCGUAUUGUAAAACACUCCUUCGAAAUUAUCCACCUGUUGACAGGUGAAAACCCACUACAGAUUCUAGUGAGCGCUAUCAUCAACUCUGGACCCCGUGAAGAUUCGACACGUAUUGGGCGUGCUGGUACUGUGCGCCGACAAGCCGUCGAUGUGUCGCCCUUGCGUCGUGUGAACCAGGCUAUCUGGUUGUUGUGCACUGGUGCCCGUGAAGCUGCUUUCAGGAACAUCAAGACCAUCGCCGAAUGCUUGGCUGAUGAACUUAUCAACGCCGCUAAGGUAAGUUUUAUAUUCCCAAAAACAGUUCCGAGGUCAGUGUACCAUAAUGCAGCGUUAUGAUUUUAUUGCUCUGCC